GAGUGAUCAGGCCUUGGACUCCCAUCCUGGGCAGAGUUUUGGAGGAGCCAGUGGACGGACUCUGCUCUUAUAGGAGCUGCUGCACCUCAACCCUCCCUUAAGUUUCACUUACCUCACAUCAAAGCAGCUCCCAGUCUCUGUACCUCAACCCUCCCUUAAGUUUCACUUUUCUCACAUCACAGCAGCUCCCAGUCUCUGUACCUCAACCCUCCCUUAAGUUUCACUUUUCUCACAUCACAGCAGCUCCCAGUCUCUGCCUUCUCUCCACAUUAUUUAAAAAAUAUUUAGUCUUUAUUUUGUAAUAUACAGUUUUAUUUUGUAAUAGAAAGUCUCUAUUUUGUAUUAUUCAUUAUUUUGAGAUAUUAACUCAUGUUAUUUAAAAAGUUCCUCAUUUAAAUGACUUACCUGCCUCCCAUGGCAGGAAUGUUUUUGUAAAGUUUGGAAAUGGAAAGUGAAACUCAGAGGAAUUACUUGUUUUAAACUUUAUACAGUCUAUGGUUUGACCCCAAGUGCUCCUUUGUCAAGGGGGCACAGGUCCUGGAACCACCUCGAAGCAAAAUGGGUCAAAUCUACUACAGGGGGGCCACUUAAUAAUUGUUGAAUGUUUUGAAAGUUUUGAUUAGAUAUAUGAACUCAACCGAGAAAGCAACCCUACUCUUAAUAUGAUUUAUUUAUUUAAUGUAUUAUUUGAUCAAUACAUUAGUUUUAAGAGCUUUCGUUCACACAUUUUCCAUUAGGCCCUAUGUAACCUUAACUAUUGUGUAAACUAAAAUAUCAUGGGGACAUAUUCGGCCUUUAAUGAUCCAAGGGCAGGUGAAUACAACUAUGCCAUGAAUGGAGGAGAGACGUUGGUAUAAUUAUUACUAUUCACCAAAACAUUAUUAAACAAUGUUUAAACAAACUAACUCCAUGUCCGGUUUUGCAAACUUUAUUGUUGGCGUCAGAAAUCACCAUUUGUUGAUUCCCUACCUGACCUGAGAUCAGUCUCUAUCUUGCCGCCACCCCACCCUCACCUAAUCACUUGCUUAUCUGCCCGCUUCUCAUUAACAUAUCGGCUAAUUAUGCAGCUGCACACCGGGAGGUUUCACAGGUUAAAUCAAACGUCCCUCUCUCUGGGAGCAGCGUUUCAGGUGAGGAAGCAGCAGAGUAAGUGCAGUCCAACAUGAGGCCAAACAUGACUCUCGUGGUGCUGCUACUGCUAGCGGUGUGUUUCCUCGGUGUGUGUACGCUCUCACAUGUGGAGGAGAUGAAGUCCCAGGAGCGGCUCUUCCUCGGCUCUCUGGGGCUCUCCGGGCUGCCUCAGCCGGCGGGGAGCCACCAGUCCCGGCGCCAUGUCCCCUCCGCGGUCUGGAGGAUGUUCCGGAGGUCAGAGAACAUGAAGGCCCGGGAGAGCGACCCCUGCACGGUGUCAGAGUACGGAGUCCGUGGAAACAUCAUCCGAUACGUUCAGGACCAAGGCAGGCUGGUGUCUGGCUGGAGCAGCAGCUGUCAGGCCUGUCUGGAGAAGCAGCUUUACUUCAACAUGUCCAUGCUGCAGCCUGUGGAGCUGCUGUCUCUGGCUCAGCUGGAAAUCAAGUUCCACUGGAAGCCCUUCAGUUCUGCGGAGCUCUUGCAGGGGCCACGGACCCUCAGUGUGUCUCUGUAUAAAGUGAUUCGAGCCACGCUAAGGGGCGCCAAUCCCCAGGCCAACCGCAGACUCCUCCUGUCCCAGUCGGUCCAGCUGCAGCCUGAGCCCUCCUCCGUCACCUUGGACCUCACCUCCCUGGCAGAGAGCUGGCGCAAACCGGGACGCAACUACGGUUUGGUUUUGGAGCUCCUGCCAUUCAGCAUAGAUGCGAAAGAGCUUCUUCCUUUUCACCCUGGGAACUCCCUUCCUCUGGAAACAGCCUUCGCCCUGCCACUGAUUCAGGCCAUGCUGGUGGCGGUCUCCCUGAACCCCCACCAGUGUCGCACCAGACAAAGAAGGAACGCCAUCCAUCUCCCAGUGACCCCCAGCAACGUGUGCAAGGCCCGCCGCCUCUACAUAGACUUCAAGGACGUGGGCUGGCAGGACUGGAUCAUCGCCCCGCAGGGCUACAUGGCCAACUACUGCCACGGCGAGUGCCCGUUCCCGCUCAGUGAGAGUCUGAACGGGACCAACCACGCCAUCCUGCAGACCCUGGUGCACUCCCUGGACCCCAGCGGCACCCCCCAGCCCUGCUGCGUCCCCAUCCGCCUCGCCCCCAUCUCCAUGCUGUACUACGACAACAACGACAACGUGGUGCUUCGGCACUACCAGGACAUGGUGGUGGAUGAGUGCGGGUGUAGAUGAGGUCUGUGGACUUUUCUAAAUAUCAAAUAUCCAACCGUUAUUUUUGUAUCUUCUUGGUGUUUAAGUGUCUCAAUUUCCUUAUUACACCUCAUGCUGUUUUGAUUGUUUGUUUCAUUGUAAAAUGUUCUUUGCACUCAAGGAUUUUAUAGAUUUUUUUUAACAUUUAUACUUGUUAUCCAAGAAAUGUUCUUCUUAAUAUGAAGUUAAUAAAAAUUGCAAUAAAGCCAAAGUGGAGGAUUUACUUUGAAAGACAAAUUAUUUUUAAUCAUUCAUUAAAGGUUUUUGUACUUAUCCAUACUUUAAAUCAGGGUCAGAAAGUCAAAUGACCUGGGGGCCACUGUCCAGGUGCUUCUCUCCUGUGGGAACCCUCAAAGGUGUCUGUGAAAAUAAUCCAGUUUUUUCCUUCAAGGAUUUUGACCUUGAAAUCCUGUCUGCUUUUGAACAGCAGUUGAGUGAGGAAGUGAUCGUGUGCUCUUCUGUACUUGGUGUGUGUGCUGACUUUAAUGAAAGAGGCCUCCAUGUUUUGUGUUUUUAUCUCUGGGAAGAUUGCCAUUCAUCCAAUCCCUUUUGUAUUUUCAGCCUUCUUCCCCUAUCGAAUUUCUCACAUGAAACUAAACAAUUGAUGGUCUAUCAUACUGUUAAUUACAAUAGUUUCAGGGCUAAUCUAAAAUUGAGCAACUAUUCUUUCCUUCUUUACACUGGCUUCCUGUGUGUCAAAGAAUAGAUUUCAAAAUAUUGCUGCUGGUUUAUAAAGCACUGAAUGGUUUAGUCCCAAAAUACAUUACUGACCUCCUGCUAAAUUAUGAACCAUCCAGAUCUCUCAGGUCUUCAUGGACUGGUCAGCUUUCUGUCCCCAGAGUCAGAACUAAACGUGGAGAAGCAGCGUUCAGUUAUUA